AAACACAAACAAGUGCAAGUCCUGACAGGGAGCCUGAUGUCACAGUUGGCUGUAUUCAGCUGGAUCUCGUUCAGAGUCGAAAGUGGAGCAGGAGAAUCAGGUGUGCAUAAUAUACAGAGAGAGAGAGAGAGAGAGCGCACCUGCCAUAUGAAUUGGCUAUGGAGCGUUGGGCAUAACAUGUAAUGAAAAGGAAAGCAUUUUACCAUGUGGUGGGGUUGUGACACCGUGUGUGACCCGACGACCAGACACAAGCAACCAGUGGACUGGACAGCUCCUCUGAGACGUACUGCUAUGCACUCUGAGGAGAAACAACAGUCUUAGGUUUUAACUUCAGUUGCAUUUUUCAUCUAACUGCAGUUGCGGGAUUUAUGCACAACAGGAUAACUUCUAUUUGGGACCAUGGUUGGCAAGCAGGGGAGGCAAUGGAGGUCGAUGUGCAAAGGCCUUGUCCUGGGUACUCUACUCACUAGCUGUAUGAUCCUGCUCUACUGCCUUUCUGCUCCACAGGCCCACUUCAACCUGCCUGAGGGUCCAGUGCCUUACUCCUGUUCCCAUCGACCUGCUCAAGCCCACACCAGACUUUUCAAAAACAGCUCACACCAUUCACCGGGGCAGACAGGCAUCUGCACUCCCAAAGUGGACAUCAUGUUCAUGAAAACACACAAGACAGCUAGCAGCACACUCCUCAACAUCCUCUUCCGAUUCGGAGAGAAGCACCGGCUCAAGUUUGCCUUCCCAAACAGCCGUAAUGACUUCUUCUACCCCUACCCAUUCCAGCGCUCCCAGGUCAAGGACUACAGGCCUGGCAUGUGCUUCAAUAUCAUCUGCAACCACAUGCGCUUCAACGCACCUGAGGUGGCCAAGGUGCUUCCUACAGACACCUCCUAUAUCACCAUCCUCAGAGACCCGGCUGAGCUCUUUGAAUCCUCCUUCCACUACUUUGGCCGCCUGGUGCCCAUGACCUGGAAAAUACCAGGCGAGGACAAGUUGGGGGAGUUCCUGCGCGACCCCCGCCACUACUUUGACCCCAAUGGCUUCAACUCCUUCUACCUCAAGAAUCUGCUGUUCUUCGACUUUGGGCAGGAAAACACUCUGGAGCUGGGCGACCCGCGGGUAGAGGAGGGCAUCCGGGCCAUCGCAGGCCGCUUCCAGCUGGUCAUGCUGGUGGAGCACUUUGAUGAGUCCCUCAUGCUGCUCAAGGACGCCCUCUGCUGGGAGAUGGACGACCUGCUCUUCUUCAAGCUCAACGCCCGGAAGGACUCCACCGUGUCUAAACUGACCCCGGAGCUGAGGGUCAAGGCCCUGCAGUGGAAUGCCGUGGACUGGAGGCUUUACCAACACUUUAACGUCACCUUCUGGAGGAAGGUGGAUGCAUACGGACGCCAGCGAAUGGCCGACGAUGUGGCGGAGCUCCAGAGGAGGAACGCAGUGAUGGCAGCAGUCUGUAUCGAGGGAGGCCAUGCUGUGGACGCAGGGAGCAUCCAGGAGACAGCCAUGCAGCCCUGGCAGCCCAUCGGGGAGAAGUCAAUCAUGGGCUACAACCUGAAAAAUAAUGUGGACAAGGCCCACCGCAAGCUGUGCCUUAAGAUGCUCACCCCAGAGCUGCAGUACCUGACAGAGCUGGGGGUCAACCUUUGGAUCACUAAACUGUGGGGUCAUGUGAGAGACGUGAUCAACUGGUGACUAGAGGGUGAUUAGAGAGACACGAGCCAUGGGCCAAGAGAGUGCGGCUGUGGGUGUGUGCCUGCUUGUGUGAGAGCCCCUAUUGGAUUGCAUAGACUCCAAGGCCUGAAUGCCUGCAGAAGAUCAUAAGGGGUUUGGUUUUGCAUAGCCUUCUCAAUCAUGGUAUGAUGGACUCUUCCUCUGUGUCAGCAGUAUUGACUUGUUUGCCUUAAAUACAGUACAUGUUUGCAGUAUGUAAUGUACCUGAUAGGUGCUUGAGAACUGCAACGUUUGUGUUAGAAUCUGAAGAUAAGCAUAAGCAUCCCUCUUUAAAAUGUACGUGUUUAUAGGUAUAGUAUACUGAAUACCCUUUAUACCCUCAGCCCUGCCAAUCUUAGAGUAUUUUUGAAAUAAAGACUAAAUUGAAAAGAUGUCUGUUGAUUUGACUUAUCAAGGUUGUUCGCAAAGUUAAUAGUUAAAAAAUGAUGUCUUGAUGUGCAUUUUGCUUUACUUUUCAAGACGUAUAUCUAGAAAUCACAUCAUCUCAAUUUUACACCCACUUUAGACGUCAUGUUUGUAACAACAUAAUUGUAAUAACACCAGGUCAUGUAAUAACUUAUAAUAUUGUACUACUUUACUCCCACUUUAGAAGUCAUGCUUGUAACAACAGAUAAUUGUAAUAACACCAUGUCAUGUAAUAACUUUUAAUAAUGUACUACUCUUUCUGGAUUAUGUUAUAAAUCGCCAGAUAACGUAAUUGUUUAACAGAUAACAUAAUACCCUUUUCUUGAUAACGUAAUAAUAUUACAUUUUUCUGUGAUUAUUCUGUGAAUAAAAAAGUAGUAGA